AUGAAUAAUCCGUUUCAUUUGUUUGCCAUCUUAUUUAUUUAUGCAGUCAUUGUCCAAUCUGAAGAUCUACAUGAAAAUACAAAUAUGCAAACGCCCGCCAAAGAAAUUAUUGGUCAACAGCCUGUCAAAACAGAACAGUCAAUGACUAAAGAGAAGACUGAAACAAAAAUGCCAAAUAAACAGACAUCCAAUGCAGACAAGUCCAAUAAAGCACUGACCAAAUACCUCAACUAUCAUAAAUGCUUUAAAAUGGAUGUGAACGCUAUGACAUUUAGAAAAAUCAAGAAAGAAGAGAAGACCACUGAUGCACCUCUACCACCGGAUCCAAAUCCUAAUGCAAAAUAUGAAGUACCGGAUCACUUGAAACAGUUCACAUUCAUGGGCCGAUGCUACGGAACAGGUGUUCAAUAGAUCACAUCGGUAUAAACACAAGAUGUCAUGAAAACUGAACAAUCCUAAGGUUCUUUUAACCGUUUGAAAUUCUUUUGGUCAACUAUAUAUUUUGAUUUACGCACAAUGAUAACUAUCUUGUACGUUGUAUUUUUCAGUAGUUCAAAAUUCAUUCUAAAACCUUCAUUGAUUGUUGAUUUGUAUCUUUUGC